AUGGGAAGCGUUGUACGCACGGCAAAUGGACCUAAAACAAAACCCGAGCCCAAACCCGAACCAGAGCCUGAGGUGGAGCGUGAGGUGGAGCCAGAGGUGGAGGAAGAAGAUAAUAAGUUUAUGGUUCUUGGAAGGGAGAUUGAAACAACUCCGUCAUGUGUCGACGAGUUCGCGUGGUUUACGGAGAUGGAGACAACGUCUUCAACGAUUCUUGAAAGUCCGAUAUUCUCAUCGGAGAAAAAGACUGCUGUCUCGGCUGCUGCGGAUGACGUUGCGGUGUUCUUUCCGAUGGGAGAGGAGGAUGAGUCUUUGUUCGCCGAUCUCGGCGAGUUGCCGGAGUGUUCGGUGGUGUUUCGUCACCGGAGUAGCGUAGUUGGGUCACAAGUCGAGAUCUUUUGA